AUGGAUCUCUGGUGUUUUGGCAAGAAGAAACCCCAGAAACUGUCUCUCUCCUAUUGUAAGCAGUUCUACAGGAGCUUCUCGAAGAUGGUAGAUCUUUCAGACGCGAGGAAGAAAGCCUCCAACAUGUCCCGGAAAGACCUCCACCGGAUCAACCGGAACAAUGUCAGCCGUCGCCUUCAUAAUAGCAAGAUUCGCCUGGACCGGGAAAAGCUUGAAAAGAUCCGGCUCGCCUUGGAAAACAACAAGCUCUCACUAUCGGUUACUGCAUUGAACGACGUCAUCAACUCUCUCUUCUCCGACCUCACCAACCCCUCAACUUACGAUUCACUACACACUCCAAACUUGGACAAGCUCAAACAAGUACAUGAGUCUGUUACAUGGUCCGAUGCGACUAAAGACACCCGGAUCCGUACACUUGUGGCCGGUCACAACAACAUGUCGGAAGAGCUUCACCACAAGAAUGCGGAGCUCGACAUCGCUCGGACCGGCGCAUCUGAUCUGAAGGAUGACUGUCACCGAUUGGAGGCGCAACUGCAAAAGCUGGCCGACAAUAAAUUGAAAAUCGAAGAGUCAUUUCGCGAAUGUAGGAACAACCUGCGACAGGCUGAGUUCAACCGCACCGAGAGUUCUCGAAGAGUGGCGAAUCUCGAGACUCAAAUUGAGCGAACGCGUCAGUCUGCACGAGAUGCCGACGAGCGCGCAGAAAGUAUCAACGACGAACUUCAGGACGCCAACCGCCAGAUGAGAGACUCCGAGCGCGAACGUGUAAAGCUUGAGGCCGAGUGCGAUCGACUUCAGACUGAGUUGAAGACAGCCAAAGAGCAGUUGAACGGUGAAGCGGGUCUUGAGAAGAAGACCCGCGAUCUGAACGCUGCCCACGAGCAGAUUCACCAGCUACAACUCGAUAUCUCCCACCUCAAAACGCAACACGCCAACGCCAUUGCUGACAAGGAUCGCGAAGUCAGCUCUCUCAAAGAGCACCACGCAGCCAUCAUCUCCAGUAAGGACAAAGACCAACAGGAAGAGGUCAAGAGCCUGCGCACCCAACUCACUGCGACGAUCACUUCGAAGGAUACGGAACUCGAUGCAUCACGCGCUCAACACCUUAGUGACCUUACCGCCAUCAAGCUCAAAGACGAUGAGCUCAAAGCCGCCAUCACCGCUCGCGACAGUAUCCAGUCGGAGUACCUUUCCAAUCAGCUCGCUCCCGUAAACCUGCAAAAGGACGAAGACGCCGAGAAGCUGGAACGUCUACACAUCGAACAUGCUACCGCUAUAACCCGCAAAAACGAAGAGCUCGACAUCGUCGUAUCUCGUCAUGAUGAUGCAGUCCGGGAGCUUCACAAAGAGCUCAAUAUGGUCACUCAGCAAAAGGAGGACGAGGCCAAUAAGCUGAAAGACUUGCAGAUCGAGCACACGGCCGCCUUGACCCUCAAAGACCAAGAGCUCGACACCAUUACGUCUCGCCAUGAUAGCCAAUUGCAGGAGCUGCGCAAAGAGCUCGAUCUGGCUAGGGACCAAAAUGCCGAUGAAGCUAAGAAGCUGGAGCUGUUGCUUGCCGAACACGCCGCUGCCAUAUCCAGCAAGAACGAAGAGCUGGAGAAAGCCCACCACGAACACACUACCGCCAUCUCUGGCAAGGAAUCAGAGAUUGGUUCACUCCACACCGAGCACGCCGCUGCCAUCUCUGGCAAGGAAUCAGAGAUUGGCUCACUCCACACCGAGCACGCCGCUGUCAUCGCUCGCAAGGACGCAGAGCUGAAGCAAGCACGCGACGACCACGCUAUCGCCAUCUCUGGCAAGGAAUCAGAGAUUGGCUCACUCCACACCGAGCACGCCGCUGUCAUCGCUCGCAAAGAUGAUGAGCUUGCAACAUUGCACGCCGGACACGCCGCCGCCAUAGUCCGCAAGGACAACGACAUGGUUUCUUCUCUAGCGCCACAACAGACAUCUUCAGCAUCCGAAGGUGAAGAGAAGCGCCGUGCGGAUCGUCUGAAGGCCUCGGUAGAAGUACAGGACGCGAAGAUCAUGGCCAUUGGGAGGGAAUGGGAUGCUCUCGAAGGCAUCAUCCAAAAUGUCAACAUGGAACUGAUAACCGUGCUGAACAAGUUCGGCAAACCGAGGAACGAUUGCCAUGACGCCAUAUGGGCAAGAAGACGACAAGACCCUGAGCGUAAGUGUAAACCCAUCCUGUACCAGACGAUGUCCACUGACCGAACGAUAGUAACGCUUCCGCAAGGUAUGCCCUGCCUUGGGACGGCGAUGGAUAUACGUCGUGUAAAGAUUGAGCUGGAAGAAACGGUCGAUCACCAGUGUGCAUUCAUCAAGAAGUUCGCUGCAGCCGUUGUCGAGGCUCAUCCCGAAGUCAUAGAGAUGGCAAAGGCCAUCGAUGUCACUCUCGCCCAACCUGCGCAGCAGGUGGUUCAACCCACCCAGGCGCCUACAACCGCGCCCGCCCCGGCGAAGAUGACCCCAGAGAAGCCCCCAAAGGAUACAUGUGCCUGCGGGUACUUCUUCCUGGUGGCAGAUAGCCAGGAUGCCUGCCGCGACCAUCUCGACGAGUGCGAUGACUUCGCGAAAUGGGCGCCCGAGAAGAAGACAAGCCUUCUGGGUAAGCUCGGUUUGACUGGCUACCAGCAGUCGAAGCCGACAAAGGCGAAGGCACAGUCGAUUACGUGCUUCCACUGUAGGCGUGAAUUCGGCAGAGUAUACGGGCAAUGGUUCCACGGCUCUCAUCUCAAGGUAAUACUAUCCUAUACAACAUCCAGUGCCUCGCUAACAUACAUGCGUUCUAGGUCUGCAAAAAGGGCGCCCCCAGCAUGCAUGAUGUUCCCGGCUCGAGCACACCGGGACCGAAGACACCCGUCACCACACCUUCCAGACGCGCCCCCGUGA